GCGGCUGUAAGCAAGCGGCAGGAAAAAUACUGCAAUCCCGGCACGAGUGUCUGCUACAUCGAGUAUUCAACGACGGCCUCGAACCCAAUCUACCGCAUCGCCGUCCAGGACAAACCCGCAGCCCCCUUCGACACGCUACUCCAGAUCAUCGCCCCAGCAUCACUAGGCUGGGUUGGCUUCUCAUGGGGCGGGGCCAUGACCCUCAACCCGCUUACGGUUGCAUGGCCCAACGGGAACUCGGUAGUGGUUUCCUCGCGGUGGGCGACCGACCGCGCGUUGCCUGCCACUUACAACGGCGCCACCUACAAGACUCUCAGCUCCUCGACAAACUCGACGCAUUGGAGUAUUGAGGUUGUCUGCACGGGCUGCAGCAAAUGGGCGACCCGUAGUCUCAGUCCUACCAGUGUCAACUCCUUUGCUUGGGCGUGGAGUAAGACGGCUGUUGCGCAGCCCGCAAACCCUGCCAGCAGUUUCGCGAUACACAACAACGUCGGAAUGUUCUCCUCCGCCUUGACUGAUUGCAAAGUGUCACAAAGCGUUUUUGACCAAUAUGUCAAG